AUGCCAGUUUUUACAGAAUUCUCGUCUGAAUCGCGAGACCUCCGGGUCCUCCCCUCUUUCGCACCCCCGCUCCCUCGUUUGUCCCCGCCAUUUAGACCGAAUGGGGACGGGUCUGAAAAAUAUGAGGUGGUGGUUGUUGGAGCUGGGCCGGCCGGGCUCAUGCUGGAACUGUUGCUUGCCCGAUAUGGGUUGAGCGACGAAUCUCUGCUGUGUAUGGACGCGAAACCAAGCACUCUGAAAUCAGGACAAGCCGAUGGGGUGCAGCCGCGGACGUUGGAGGUCUUUAAAACACUAGGAAUUUCGGACGAGAUCGAAAAUGAAGCUUGUCAAAUGUGGCAAUUUGCUUUCUGGAAGCCAUCUGAGGAUAAGAACAAGGUCAUCGAACGAAGGAGUAUCGUACCCGAAGUCAUUCCACCUGCCCGUUUCCACUAUGAGGCCACUAUUCACCAAGGUCGUAUCGAGCGCAUCCUGGAGACGGAUCUCCUCCGCUAUUCGAAGCGCGGUAUAAUGAGAAACACAAAGCUGCUCCAUGUCGAGAUAGAUGAGAGCGAUAAGGAGUUUCCUGUCGUGGCUGAUAUCGAGACAAAUGGAGUGAAGCGGACGAUCAGAUCGAAGCAUCUGGUUGGUGCUGAUGGUGCACGCUCAGUGGUUCGCCAGUGCCUGGGCUUGAAGUUGGAGGGCCAGUCACUUGAUCAUAUCUGGGGCGUUGUCGACUUGGUGGCGGACACCAAUUUUCCAGAUAUUCGCAGACGAUGCGCGAUCCACUCGCCAGCUGGAUCUGUGAUGAUUAUUCCCAGAGAGCGAAUUGUGACUGGCGAAAGCCUUACACGUCUGUAUGUGCUUGUGCCUGGUGCAGUGAAGCUAGAUGACAACGAUGUGGGGCCACCGGACGUGACCCUUGAAGAUGCUAGGGUGCGACGUAGCAAGGUGACGUUGGAGAAUAUUCUCAAGCAGGCACAAGAUGCAUUCAAACCGUAUUAUCUUCGCCCAAAGAGGGAAGAUGCUGUUGAUUGGUGGGCGGCGUACCAGAUCGGCCAGCGGGUUUCGCCUGAAUUCAUUGUGAAGGAUUCUACUGGAGUGGGUCGAGUUUUCAUUGCAGGUGAUGCCUGUCACACGCACAGCCCAAAGGCUGGCCAAGGAAUGAACGUUUCUAUGAUGGACUCAUACAACCUGGCCUGGAAGCUAGCCUACCAGGUUAACGGCCUGACGCCUGCCUCUGGCGACCUGAAGACCCCAGAUCCUCUACUAGAUACGUACCAGAUUGAGCGACAGGCAAACGCGCAGCAGUUGAUUGAUUUUGACCGAAAGUUUUCCACGAUCUUCUCCGGUCAAGUUGACUCGGCAGAAUCUGCAAUGUCACACGCCGAGUUUGUGCAAACAUUCAACACCGGCAAUGGCUUCACGAGUGGAUGUGGUGUUGAGUAUAACGAUAGCAUGGUUGUUGUCAAGGAGUUCCCCACGGGAUCGUCAGAUCCUAUCCAAGGCAGUGACUAUUUGUCCGGAAUCCUGCGCCCGGGAUGCAGACUUUUGAACGUCAAGCUGGUGCGCCAUGCUGACGGCUGGCAUCGCGAUAUCCAGGAUGAUCUGGAAUCAACCGGAAGAUUCCGCAUUCUGUGUCUUACCUCGUCUGACCUCCUUGAUUCCUCCGGAACCUCAGCAAAGUCUCUAAUUGCAAUCACCAUGUUGAUCGAGCGUUUCCCCGGCUCCCUCAUCGAAACUAUUGUGGUUCACCCGCCUGUUAAAAGAGAGUUCGAAUGGGACGACAUUCCUGGCUGCGUCAAGGAGCAUGCCGAGAUGCGCUUCUACAAUGGUUAUGAGCUGGAAGACGCAUAUGGAAUUUAUGGUGUGGAUCCUACCAAGGGAGCACUUGCUGUUGUCCGACCGGAUGGAUAUGUUGGAAUUGUCGCCCAGCUUAGCGACGUGUCUCGCGUGGAGGAGUAUCUUCGCCGUUGUGUGAGAGUUGCAUGA